GGAUGACACUCCCGAGAUGAGCUUGCGAUUCAACUGCGAUGACCUACGAUUAACGCGAUAUGCCACGAUUACCAAGAAUCAGCGCGAUCUGGCACGAUUGCAUCGCGAUGUGAGCGCGAUGUACAAAAAUCGCGCGAUGUCAUCCGUCCACUGCUCGAAUGAGUUUGACAGCAACCAAAUGACAGGUCUUGCUGAAAUUCAAUUCGAGCAGUGAAAAAGCAAAACAAAACAAAAAUAAACACGUGGGGAAAAUGGCUGUUGGUGGAAGAUUUUUCUACCGGAUCUGGGAAUCUUAAGGCCUACUACCUCCGCCGGCCUUUCUCUGCGCCGUCGAAGACGACCAUUCAACCCGGAAUGACCACCGGUGAAGGGUGACAAAGCCGCCGUCGAUUCGCCAGCCCAAGCGACAACAACUGCCGCUGCUCCAGUUGCCGAAGCUGAAUGUUGGAACCGAGGUCGAGAGGCGCGUGUAUCAUCCCAAUGUCGGGUACGGGAAUCGUCUCGAAGCGACUCUCCAAAGCCAAGAUGAAAAAUUUCGCUACGGUGGAGGAUUAGCACGAUCGGAAAGAGACCUUCUUCGAGCGACAGGGAGCAGGCAAGUGCAAGAUUCAAGGAUCAGCUCAUUACGAGCGUGACGAAGGAGUACGGUGGGGUUGAUUAAACCGAUAAGAAAGAGUCGAAGACGACGGCGGCGGUGGGAUUACAAGAAUUCGGGAGCGAUACCAAAGACGUCUUAAGCUCCCUUUCCAAGCAGCAGGCGUCGUUCACGUCGUUUCACCGUACUCUUCGGACCGUAGAUGUCGACAAUUCCAGAAAACAUCCGGUAGUGUCGAUGGAACCAAACAGCGACGGCGGUCUAGAGUACGCUCAGCAUCGGCGGAUCGAGUUCGACCUUUCACGACCCAACCGAAGUACCUUUAAAUUUCUUUGAGAGAACAGGAACGGUGGUUUCAGCACGUCACGAUCGAGAAUGUGAUCAAGAAGUGGAUGGCGAUGGGUCCCGGUGAUGUCGCUGGGCCUUCCAACAACGCGACGAUCAACUCGUGCAGCAUCGACAAGGCGAUGGCUGUGUACACCGAGAUUCGUUCCAAGCAGUACUACAAGUUUUGGACAAGGAAGAUAGCACGGAAAUUGAGAAUUGUAGCAGUGAAACGAAGCUCCUACUGCAGGUUCCAAUCUAGGCCAGCCUGAGCUGGCCAAAGUGGCUCGCUUUGGCUGCUGACACUGAAUGGACUCAGUAUUAAUAAUGCUAAUCCGUCAAAUCCUCUGUAGCUGGUGCUGCAGGUCAUUGCCAAAGAAAAGUUGCAUGCCCUCUUCAAGAUCUACAACCGUCUGGCCCGGUGCAGAAUUAGGUCAUGCAGAUGUUCCAGAAAAGCCAGAUGACACGCGCCACGCCGACAGAACACGGCCUGUUACACUCAUCCAAGCAGCUGGGCCGUUGCCGCUACCACCAUCGACCUUUGUUAUCUCGCCGGAGUACAAUCUGUACAGUGACCAGGCUACGAACGAAACGCGAAGAACGCUCGGAAGAUUGUCUUCAACGUGAAUCAAAUUGCAAUCCAUACGAACCGGUCAUGUAUGAGGAGAUUCAGGUCGAAGGCAUCUACGCGGCACCGUACGAGAACUGCUUUUACCGGGCUGUGUUGCUGAAAAAGGCCUGGCCGGAUUACUUUAACUUGUUUGUUUUUAUUGGGAAUCUUUCGUCACGCACGGCCUUGGUGAUGCUGAACAGUGCCAUGGUGAAGCCGGUCAACAAGGUGCACGAAAAAACCUGGCUGUUUUACACGUUGGACAACGGAGCGGUCGAAUUAAUCUCGGACGACAAGCAGAUUCCGUACCUUGUUAUGCAGAUGGACAUCUCACGGGUCAUCAUUAAGAAGCUCGAGUUCAAGCAGCUUUGCCUUCGGCUUUCAUACGAUCAGCAGGCUCGCAUCAUGAAGGCCACCCUCACGGACGUUGAGAAGAAGGGCCAACUUGCCGAGGUCACCUUACGGAAUGUUGUCUGCGACCUCAAGCAAGUCGACGUCAACUACUGGCCGCACAUACCACAGGGCAAAAGCAUCGUCCGGAUAACGUUCGUUCUGGAUGCGGUCACGUUAACCGUCUGUCCCAAUGUGUACUCCAAGCUGCUGCUGACAAUUCUUCCCGAGUAAAAGCAGCUUACGAC